AUGCGUGUCCAAGAUGAAGUGGUUGGGCUCAAGAGUUCAGAACAGACUGCUACGAGGCCUGCACCAACAGGACUCGAUGCGGGCGACACGUUGAAUGAUGCUGUAAGAGAUCUCAUCACGGCCUAUCACGACCUGAACCCUACCACAAUCGACACCCUGAAAGAAGAACCCUCUCCCCUUGAAUUCAUGCGCUAUGUCGCUCGCAAUAGGCCUUUUGUCAUCAAAAACGGCGCAAAGGACUGGAAGGCUCGCAAGCGAUGGAACGCCUCCUACCUCAAGUCCGCAAUGGAAGGCCAAACCGUCAACGUGUCCCUGACGCCACACGGCAACGCAGAUUCCGUCGUUGACCUUCCGUCCGGCGGCAGUCUCUUUGUCAAGCCAUACGAGCGCGAUGAACACUUUGGGUCCGUGCUUGAGAAGAUCCAAACUCAAGAGCUCAGCAAGGAGGAUACAUCUGCUCGCCCAACGCGCUACGCGCAAACCCAAAACGACAAUCUUCGCGCCGAAUACACAUCUCUAUUCAGCGACGUUCCACCAAGCAUUCCUUUCGCACGUGUCGCCCUGGAGAAGUCGCCAGACGCAGUGAACUUCUGGCUCGGCAGUUCUGCGUCCGUAACCGCGCUGCACAAGGACAACUACGAAAACAUCUACGUGCAGAUCUUAGGUCAGAAGAACUUCGUCCUCCUCCCGCCAGUGGAUGCGCCGUGUGUGAACGAGAUGGAGGUACUAGAGGGUACAUAUACGCCGAAGCAGAGCGGUGAAGAUGCUGCGGAACCGGUAGUCGGGGAUCUGGUGAUCCAGGUUGACGAGCCAGCAGCCUAUGUGCCCUUCGCGACCUGGGAUCCGGACACGCCUCUUCUCAAUACAACGCCGUACUCACAGUACGCACAGCCGAUGCGUGUCACGCUCGACGAGGGAGACAUGCUGUAUCUGCCCGCACUCUGGUACCACAAAGUAAGCCAGAGCUGUGACGAGGAAGGGCUGUGCUGCGCCGUGAAUUACUGGUAUGAUUUGGAUUUCAGCGGGAGCUUCUGGAGCACAGCAGGAUUUGUGAGGACCGCGGGGCUGUUGAGUAUGCAGCAGAAGGAUGGUUAA